AUGCGAUCUUGGUGGUUUAUUUCGAUGAUAUCAUGUCUACUAGAGCUAUGUUUUGGCUUGCAUUACCUUGAAAGGUACCAUUAUCCAGGGGGCUACACUACGUAUCCACCUGAUUAUGUGAACAACACUAAUACAAAAGUGCCGCGACAUGUUUAUACACCAGACUUCCGAAUUGAAGAACCUAGUUUCAUUCCGUACCAUCAUUACCAGCCGGGUUUUGCUAAAGAACGUGAGAGACCUUUACGAAUAUCACCACAUUAUAAACAAAUUCGAGAGUGGGAAGGGUUGGAAAACGCAUAUAAUUUGGGCUGCUACUGUUGUACUACAUAUAGAAGACACACCUUGCUCGCUGGUUGCGCAGUAAUAACAACACGCCACGUACUUACCACUGCAAACCCUACCGUGCUGAUAUUAAGAUCUUACGGUCACAUGAAAACGUUGGAACAUAUUCUGGGUGGAUGGUACGACACGAAUGCUAACGUAUUCAACAGCUCUAUGUUCUUCGCACCAUCAAGAAUACAUAUUCAUCCAAUGUAUAAAUAUGACUAUGAAAUGAAUGUGUCGCACCCAAUUCCGGUAAUGUACGACCUUUCCCUGUGGGCUGCCACUCAUCGGUUCUAUGGAAGUACCUUUUCGUAUUCAAAGGCAGUCAUAUGUCCUAGAGCGGCUUCAGGGUGGUAUGAAUAUGCUUCAACGAUUCCUCGACAACAUGAUCUAUCUGUCGUUGUUGGAUUUCAAUUUAUGAAGUCAUAUCAUCGUCGACCUAUGCCUUGGUAUAAAUACGCUGUUCGCACGAAAUCAUAUGUAUGGCCUUGUCCAAAGAGCGAUUGGCAUUGGUUUCAUUGCAUAAUGGGAGAAUAUUGGGGCAAAUUUGGUUUUGAUUCGGGCGGCGCUAUGCAUAUGAUGAUGGAAGGGAAGUCAAACCGUCACGACGGGUUGGCCGGAAUGUGUUCAUUCUCUUUAAAACUUAGAGCAUUUCAAACAACUCAUUAUUUCACUGUGCUAGAUACACAUCCAGUGCUUGACUUCUUGUAUGACGCAUUCAAGGGUUUAAGUAAAUAUGCGUGGUUGGACGAUAGAUUCGAAGAUACGAAGUAUGCGGCACCGAUAGCAUGGCGGGGAGAAUACAUUCCCAUUUAUUAUAACUUCGGUUGGGAAGCCUAUAGCGUGUAUGGCAAUUAUAUUUACGGAGAUGUGUUACCAAAUUAUCGAAGGUAA